AUGCCUCGUAUAAGCGUAGAUAUCGACUCACUGGCCCCGCCGCGGCGUUCGCCCACCGUCUUCCGACCAGAAACGACAAGACCGCCCAAUGGCCUAGUGACUACUGCCGAGGCCUACCAGCUCACCCUAUUCGACUCGGAACUUUCUCCUGAGGCACUUCCAAUGGCGAUUGAAGAGCUAGAAGGAGCCUUGAAUAGUACGACCGCGAAUGGCAUGCUUUCUCAGGCCCUCGACUCGACGUACGCGCUCGAAUUCAUCAUUUCAGCACUCGGGCCUUCCUCAUCCUCGUUUCUUCUUGAUUGGAUGCACCGUAAUUUCCCGGCGCAAGUGGCCGAUUACUCUUCGACGGCAGUAACGACUCGUUGCAUUGCCCGUUUGGCGACCUAUCUAAGCUCAGAGGAUAUGGAGGCUUAUGUCGACGUCGACGUGACAUCGGUUUGUUCGUGGAUCCGACGUUCCGUCGAUACCCUGGAUGCUUUAAAGGCUAUGGUCAGUAGUGAUGCGUACUUCACGAACGCCACGAGGCAAGACAAUCUGGCGCGCAACCGGCAAAGGGCGAGGACCCUCCCAAGUUCCGAGCCCCUUGACGUCAGACCUUUUCUCGAUGUUAACAUCCCUGCACCCCGAUCUCUAGAAGACGCCACAGCCGCCGGAGCAUCUAUACUGGUCAAGCAGCGCGCUGUUUUGAAGGAAUUGUUUCAAACCUUACAAGAGGUAUCAAUUCAAGAACGGCUGAGAGAAGACUAUCUGUUCUACGGACCGAACUCGGGCUCUCUGUCUGCAUAUUCGUCCCCGAGUCUAGGAAAUCCCGCGUUGGAGACCCUCUGCGCUGACCUGUCUUAUGAGAUACCGGAGGGAUUCGGGCCGUGGCUCAUUGUCACAACUGACAGGGCUCGUAAAGAUCUUGCCAUACGUAGACGCAAAGGGAAGGUGUUAUACGAGUCGGCGCUCGAUGCUCUCCGAGAGCUAUCGUACGGGUGCUUUACCGUCAACAAGAUGAAACCCAUCAGCAACGACAGCCCUGUUCAUAUACUUGAGGCACGCCUGCCGGAUAACCCUCGACUAGUGUAUCAGGUUCAUGUCGUCCGCGAUACCGGAGACGGGGUCGUUAAGCAGGCGAUCUUGGUGUACGGGAUCUAUACGCACCAAGACAUCAAGCGCAUCAAUUGGGACAAGUACGCCAGGCAGCAAGCACGGAGAGGAAAGGCAUACGUGGAAGCUUGCCGUAAGAGGCCCGAAGGAUGGAGAAUGGGCCAAGCUGUCUCUCAACCCCACACCCUCGAGGACUAUGCGGGUACCCUUGACAUGGUGCACUCGAUUGAGGAUGAUGAACCCGCGGAUUCCGGCCACUCUGGAGAUCUGACGGAGAAGGAGGUAGACGACAUGCACAACCAACUAGUUCUCGGCCAGCACUCGGUGCUCAACCAAAACCUUCUCGAUGGUCUCGACAAGAAGCAACUGCUGGCUCAGCUCUACCAUCUUUCAGAUGAUGAGCUAGAGGUGGUGCACUAUACGCAGUCUUGCCUCGUUCUAGGUCGGAGCGGCACUGGAAAGACGACAACGGUCUUCUUCAAGAUUGCUGGCAUCGAACGUGCGUGGGCACAACUUCCUGACGGACAGAUGCCGCGCCCACGACAAGUCUUCGUAACGAGAUCACCUCACCUUGUGCAUCACGUCGAGAACGAGUUUGUCGCAUUUGCUCGCAGCGAGGCUGUCGCGUCGAACGCACCUCCUCAUCUGGUCUCGAGAGCGAAUCAGAUUCGAGAGCAGAAGCGGGAACGGCACUUCGAAGACGGCGCCUGGCGCGCGGACUUGCCUAGGAGGUUCAGCGAACUCCAGGAUGAACACUUCCCACUCUUUGUGACAUUUGACGACCUCUGUACAAUGGUUGAGCAAGACUUCGUUGCGCAGGACAAAGCACGUCAAGCCCGAGUUCGCCGGGUUGGUGGUUUGGUAGACGCAUACCGGUCGGCUGACGCAUCCAUCGUAACAUUCGACUUAUUCAAGACACAUUACUGGCCUCGCAUGCCGGCAAACCUCGUACGGGACCAAGAUCCUGCUGUUGCAUUCGGACAAUUCAUCGGCCACAUAGAGGGAUGCGAGGAUACGCUUCGCAGCGAAGGCUCUCCGCUUGGCCGCGACGCGUACGAACGUUCGCGUGUCCAGAGCGUGGACUACUCUCUAUAUGAAGCAUACGUUAAGUUGAAGAAGAAGCGUUGCGAACGUGACGUAGCGCACAGAGCUCACAGCAUCCUCAAUGCUCUCAAGAAUCGACGUUUCCCUGGAAAAAGGAUAGACUACCUGUACAUUGAUGAAGUCCAGGAUAACAACCUUGCAGAAGUUGCUUUACUACGUUACUUCUGUCGCAAUACGCGGGGGAUGCUCUGGGCCGGUGAUACUGCGCAGACUAUCGCUCACGGCAGCGACUUCCGCUUUGCCGAUCUUCGCGCGUUUCUGUUCAGGCAAGAGCAACUUGACAGUGGCCGAAUAGCUGUAUGGGAGGAGCCCGAACCAGCACGUUUCUUCCAUCUAUCCAUCAACUAUCGAUCUCCUGGUGGCGUUGUUGAAUGCGCCCACUCGAUCGUGGCUCUACUAAGUCGCUUUCCACGCAGCAUCGACGAGCUCAAACGCGAGGAGGGCAUCAUACCCGGGUUGAAGCCCCAGGUUAUUGGUCUUGCGGACAAAGGGGAGAUCAAGCGUUUCUUCUGUGUGAAGGCAGACGGUUCGUGCACUAUAGGACCUGGGGCGAAUCAGAGAAUCCUUGUCCGCAAUAAACGGGCACUCGGUCAGUUGCAGGGAAUGGUGGGAGACAUUGCUACUACCACGGCGAUGACGAUAUAUCAGAGCAAAGGCCUGGAAGCAGACGAUGUCAUCUUGUUCCGAUUAUGGACCGCUUUAUUCACACACCUUAAUACAUACUCUGGACAGAUAGAUGGUGUCGACCGUAGGUUCAGCGCCCUCAUCCUCGAGCUCAAAAACCUGUAUGUUGCGAUAACACGGACGAAGCGUAGACUCUGGAUCGUAGAUGAUCCUGAGUACUCCGGCCCUAUGUUUAGCUACUGGGCGCAACACAAUCUCACGACGGAAGCUGAUGCGACCGUCACCGUCGAGCAAUUCAUCGACCAUUCCAAGGAUCACGAGUGGAAGAGCACCGCCUUCCGCUUCUUCAAGCAAGGGCUUUACGAGCAGGCAGCGAACGCAUACGAGCGCGCCGGUGAUCCUCGGACCGCGCGUCUAGCACGGGCCAUGGGCAUGUACCAGUCUGCGUUUGAAGUGCCUGUAUCCCGGAAACGACAGCGUCGUGAAGAGAUAGAGAAGUCCGCUCGGGCCCUGCUGCUCUCUGCGGAGGAGAUUGAUGAUGCGGAUGAUCGUAAAGGAGCAGCUGGGAAAGCCGCUGAGUGUUUCAUCGAGCUCGGGGAUCAGCGUCGGGCUGCAGAAGCAUACGAACUGGGGCGCGACUGGUCGAAGGCCGCGCGGUUGUUUAUGAAAGCUCACAUGAUGGACAGGGCGGUCAAGAUCGUUCAGGAUAAUGAGGAUGACUUGGAUGAUGGGGUUAAGCGAGCGGUGUACGACGUGGCGAAGAGCUCAUACCUGGCAAAGCUGGAGGUUAAGAAGGCCGCGAAACUGUUCGACGACGAGAAGAAGUUCGACGAGUUCUUGAUCACUCACGAAUUCGAUACUGCGCGCGCGAUGGAGUUGGAACGUCGUCACAGGUCUUCUGAGGCUGCUCAGAUAUACUUUGCCGAAGGUCGCAUACUAAAAGCUCUCGAGUUGCUGGUUGCAGACGGGGGCAAUGUCGAGAACGUGGCGCUUGCCUUCGACCUGGGCGCUGCACACCUCUAUUCAUCCAAUUCCAUCGGCUCAGCAUGCAACAAUCACGACGAUACGCUUGAUGGAGAGGUCAUGGCUCUACUCGAACAACUGCAGCCGCCGUCCGACACUACAAUGGAAGACAUGAGCAUAUUUCGGGCGAUUACUCAUUCGGACCACGUCACGCUCAUGCGCAUAGCAUCCCAGGCCAAUCCCAGGUCUCCUAGGGAUCGCGCGCGCAUCCUUGCUUGCCUCAAUCACUGCUUUCCGCACGACGACAUGUCGCUUUUACAUACAAAGACGCAGGAGAACGAGGUUCUUGAUGUUCUGGCGAGCUUUCGACUCUACGUGACCACGCUGCAUCAAGUUAUCCUCGGCGCUGAUUCUGUGAUCGACGAUGAUUCGGCCGGCCACCUGCAUAGAUGCCUUGGCAUUGAGCCGCAUCGGGGCGACAAUGCGCUUCGUAUUCUGGAUACCAGCUUUCUUGCCCAUUGUUAUCGAGAGCAACACGGCAGUGCUACCGAUCUUGCUCUUCCACGGCCAGAUCUCGCGGACUGCAUCCGUUCAUCGCUAUCUCGCUAUCUCAAGUGCCUGAUUGAUCUGGAACACAAUGCCAUCAAGAAGCGAUCGCAUAUCUUUGAUCCCUGCUUCAACAUCUCUCUUCAUGGUCGCUGCAACGUUCAACAUUCGAGACCUUUUGCACACCAACUCGAUCAAGCCUGGUACAACCGUCGCGUCCGCCUUCAUCUCAUUCAGAUAGAAGUGCUGCAUAUCUCACACCACAUACCGCAUGCCGAGGAGUUUCGCGAGCGGGUCACUCAACAAAGGCAGUGGCUCGCACGUCUGGAGAAUGCCCUCAAUCCGCUCUUGUACAUCAACGGCUCCCAGUCUCUUUUGCGCGCGAAGGAUAUACCCGACGCAGAACGAGGGCUGUCGAUUGUGUGUCAGUGGUCACUUGACGUACUCUUCUACCUCGACCCGACGAGACCAAAUUUGCAAAAUGCCUUCCUCGGAAACUUCUUGAAUGCUGCCAAACUGGGCCUUCGACUCCACGCCCACUCUGUUGUCGGGCACCAUCUCCUGUCCGUCCCAUGCGCUACCAACGAUUACAGGAGACGGGAUUUCCGUGCUCAUCCACAGUUAUGGUCCGAGUUACCUGGAAAGAGGCCCUACACGAUACCGGCUCUCGCGGGUUUCCUUCGUGGAGAAGGCGACCUGAAUACAGGUGUUGCGUUUAUGAAUUUGAUCGUUGACCGGCGCUUGCCAUUGGACUUCACGACGCUGUGCGAUUUCAUUGAUAGAUUGGCAGGCCUCUACGUCAUGACCCGUGCUCAUACCACCCGAGGGUCGCUGCGCGAUGUGCUUCUGCCGAGUUCGUGGAUCAUUGAGCUGUGGCCAUCCUUCACUCGCUUCCAAGAACGUAACACUGCCAACGUUGACAACCUGUUACGAGGGCUCGUGCGGCUUCUCGUGAACGUGUACCGCGGCGAUGUAUCUGUCACAGAUGUUCGGCACCGUGCACACGACCUUUCUCCAGACGCGGCACGAGAUGUGUGCAUGAGCAGAAUAUGUCGCGAUCUAUACCUAGUUAGCCAUAAUGUGGGAGACUUCGCGUCGCGCAACCGCGUCCUGGCGAGUGUUACAUCAUUACGUACCGAGACGGCUCCCGGAUUCAUCCCUUUGUCACGCGACUAUCUCUUUGCCUCGGACUGGCGCGGUCUCUCGAAAGCAACAAUGGAAUCCUGUCGCAGGUCCAUCGCUGAUGAGAUGAUCUUGCUGAAGUCCCGGCUGACUGUGGCGCCUCUUCCACUUGAGCUCAUGAGCUACGGAGUGCGCCAAGUGGUCUUCAAUAGCACAGACGAGAUACCUCGCCUCCUUCAGAGCUCAGGCGCACUCUCAGACCGCUUUACUAGUCAUCGUCUUUCGGCGGCGGGCGGUGCCUCUCAACCGCGUUCUGCAUCGUCGAGACCAAUAACGGAGUCUGAACGUGAGCGUGCCGUACUCGUCCUGCAAAAGUUCUGCAGAACUAUCCGUCUUCGCAUACCCGAGAAUCUCGUAGAUGCCGCUCGAUUCCGAUGGACUUUGCAGUGCCGCCGUCACUCCCGCAAGAUGCGCAAGGAUGACAUAAACAUGCAGUCGUCGGGCUAUCUGAUGAUGGUCAAGAUUCAUCUUCCUCGCUUGCUCUUCUGUCUCGAAUGGCUGCUUGCGCGUGCGCGAGAAGAACGCGCGGCCGUCAAGCAGCGUCGUAUUGCCGCAGAGCUGGAGAAUGGCGAUCCGGAGGAGCACUCAGUUCUUCUAACGCGCAUGGAGAACAUCAGACGCAUCGAACGCGGAGACGUGGGUCAGCGUCUGAAGGAGCUUCAUCAGGCCGCGAAGCAAUUGCAGGACAUCGCGCAAACCUUGCAGAACCGCUCCGACAUUUCUUGUCCCAUUCAAACGGAUCUGGAUCUCGCGUUACGUGGCACUCGGCGUGCCUCCGCCACAAGUCUUCUUCCCCCCAUCAUCUCCUCGUCCUCGUCCUCGUCCUCGCCUCAUCGCUAUGCGCUCCUCUCGUCUGCCUCGUUGGCGCGCUGUCAUCAGGUUUCGCCGAUGGCCUUUUCUGCGCCGAUAGCUUGUGCGUUGCUCGCUCGACAACGACGUUACCGCGCCCGUGGCUCGCCCAUCCUUUGA